GUCGGGAGUCCGGAACGGAGGGGAUGCUUGGCCGCCGAGCGGGGCCCGCCCGGGGUGGAAGGUGUAGGGAAGGGGUCGGAAGGAGGAGAGAGAGCUUUGAAACCAUGUUUUGGAAUGGAGGGUUUUGGAGAUGGACUUUGGGGCUGCAACUGUACCUCCUACUUCUGACUUCGCGGACACAGGCUGGCACAGAAGCCUCAGCUCCACCUCCCAUCACAGCAGCCUCCUUUCUGCAGGACCUUUUCCUCCGUUAUGGUGAAGAGGACAAGCUCAGCCUGCAGCAGUUGAAAUCUCUGUUGAGACACCUGCAUGUGGGCGUUGAACGGCAGAAUGUCAGUCAUACGCGGCGGAGGCAGCCCCACCAUCGAAAUAUCUCCUGGUGCUUCAGUUCCUCGGAGCUCUUCGCCACCCACAAUCUGAGUGAAUCGUCCCCUCUGGGGCAGAGCGAAUUCAAGGAAUUCUGCCCAACUAUCUUGCAGCAGCUGGAGUCAAGGGCCUGCCUGCCGGAGAACCUGGAGAAAGAAGAAGAGGAAUGGAUGAAGGAAGGGAAACCGAGCUCUACCGAAGUCUGGGGUUACGGUUUCCUCUGUGUGACCAUCAUUUCCCUCUGCUCCCUGAUCGGGGCCAGUGUGGUUCCUUUCAUGAAGAAGACCUUUUACAAGCGGCUGCUCCUCUACUUCAUAGCUCUGGCCAUUGGCACUCUUUAUUCCAACGCCCUCUUCCAGCUCAUUCCCGAGGCCUUUGGCUUCAAUCCACAGAAAGAUGAUUAUGUCUCUAAAUCUGCGGUUGUCUUUGGGGGAUUUUACCUCUUUUUUUUCACUGAGAAAAUACUGAAGAUGCUCCUCAAACAGAAGGAUCAGCACCUUCAUGGACACAGCCACUACAGCAGCGAGUCCCUCCCUUCUAAAAAGGACCAGGAAGAAGGCGUGACUGAAAAACUGCAGAAUGGGGACCUGGAUCACAUGAUCCCUAAUAAGAGCAGCGAUUUGGAAUGCAAGAAUCCCGCUGCUGAUCAGAAGGUGGUUAGCACCUUGUCUGUUCAGGACCUCCAAGCAUCUCAAAGCAUGUGCUAUUGGUUGAAAGGGGUGCGUUACUCGGACAUUGGCACUCUGGCUUGGAUGAUAACCUUGAGUGAUGGCCUUCACAAUUUCAUUGACGGGCUGGCUAUUGGCGCCUCCUUCACCGUCUCAGUCUUCCAAGGCAUCAGCACCUCAGUGGCCAUUCUUUGCGAGGAAUUCCCGCAUGAGCUAGGAGACUUCGUCAUUCUGCUGAAUGCUGGGAUGACAAUCCAGCAAGCCCUUUUCUUCAACUUCCUCUCGGCUUGCUGUUGCUACCUGGGCCUGGGCUUUGGUAUAUUGGCCGGCAGCCACUUCUCAGCCAACUGGAUCUUCGCUCUAGCAGGCGGGAUGUUCCUGUACAUUGCGUUGGCUGACAUGUUCCCAGAGAUGAAUGAAGUCAGCAAAGAAGACGAAAGGAGCGGAAGUGCUUUGAUUGCAUUUGCAAUUCAGAACGCCGGACUCCUGACGGGAUUCACGAUCAUGGUGUUGCUGACUAUGUUCUCGGGACAAAUCCAGCUCGGAUAGAGGCCGUUGCCCUUUUGGAAAAUUGUAGAUCUGUGGACUCUGCUAAGCGCAGUUUUUGUUUUUGUCAAGGAUUUCAGGAAGGGGCAUGUUUAUUCAACCUGCUUCUUAGAUUUCGUAUUGGACUGACAACCUGCACAGGCUGACAACUUUUCUCUCUAGCAUUAAAUGAUGGGGGGAAUCAUUUCUUAAGGUAACAACAGCAUUCAUCUCUCUCCCUCCUGUCCUUUUCUCUUCUUUUCCCCCCCCCAUUUGGAUGGAAUCAGUGUGUUAUUCUUCCUUCCUUCCUGGGCAUGAGUAGCUUGGUGUAUAUCCCUUUAA